AUGCCGUCCGUCGAGAGCCAGCCCGCCGCCGACGCCCCCGCGGCGCCGCCGACGGUCGCAAAGAAUUUCUGGGGCGACAUGCCGGAGGACGAGUACUACGCGUCCCAGGGCGUGCGCAAUCGGCAGUCCUACUUCACCACUCCGCAGGGCCACCGGCUCUUCACCCAGUCCUUCGAGCCCGUCGGGGCCGAUGGGAAGCUGCUCCCAGUCAAGGCCUCUGUGUACAUGACCCACGGCUACGGCUCCGACAGCGGCUGGCUGUUCCAGAAGAUCGCCAUCUCCUACGCCCGCUGGGGCUACACCGUCUUCUGCGCCGACCUGCUCGGCCAUGGCCGAUCGGACGGGAUCCGCUGCUACCUCGGCGAUAUGGAGGGCGUGGCCGCCGCCUCGCUGUCCUUCUUCCUCCACACUCGACGCAGCAAGCCCUUCGAGGAUCUUCCGGCCUUCCUCUUCGGAGAGUCCAUGGGCGGCGCCGCCACCAUGCUCAUGUACUUCCAGUCCAAGGAUCUCCCCGGCGGCUGCCCCUGGACGGGCCUCAUCUUCUCGGCUCCUCUCUUCGUCAUGCCGGAGGACAUGAAGCCCUCCCGGUGGCGGCUGUUUCUCUACGGGCUCCUCUUCGGUACGGCGGACACCUGGGCGGCGAUGCCAGACAACAAGAUGGUGGGGAAGGCCAUCAAGGAUCGGGAAAAGCUCAAGAUCAUCGCCUCCAAUCCCCGGCGGUACACGGGCAAGCCGCGCGUGGGGACCAUGAGGGAACUGGCGCGGGUAUGCGAGUACAUCCAGAGCCGCUUCGCCGACGUCGAGUUGCCGUUCCUGACCGUCCACGGGACCGACGACGGCGUGACGUCUCCGGCGAGCUCGUCCCUCCUGUACGAGCGGGCGAGCAGCAUCGACAAGUCGGUGAGGCUCUACGAGGGCAUGUACCAUUCGCUGAUCCAGGGGGAGCCCGAGGAGAACAGCAGCCGCGUCCUGGCCGACAUGCGCGCCUGGAUUGACGAGCGGACGGAGAGGCACGGCGGCAGCGGCGGAGCUUAG